CUCGUUUGUGUCUGUAACCUGUAGAAUAUGGUUUUUUUACAUUUAAUUACAAACAUAAUCGAAGGAUGGAGACACUAGUUGGUGAGGAGUCUAGUACAUUGGAGGGAGUAAAGAAUGUUCACGCUUUUGAUGCAAUGUCGUGUUUGUAAGUGAUAUAUUUCGCUUAUUUUUGUUGUUUGGGAUUUGAAAGUGAUUUAGUUGACUUAUUGGCUAUGUUUCAAAAGUUCUAAGAAUCAUUGAAGAUAUCCUUGUUAAUUUUAUUCCUGUAUUCAUGUGUGAAUUCUAUGUAAACAUGUGUUCAGUUAAAUGCCUAUAAGUCAAAAUGACAUCAAUAGAGGCACGGAAAGAUUCUGUAAGUUCUUUGCAUCUACAAAAUUCAGCUGAAUCACAAAAGAAAAAUUUGCAAUUAACAAAUAUUCAAAAAGGGCAAAAUCUCAUUGAUAUUGUUAACAAUGAAACAAAUAAAGUUGUCACUACAGAUAUAAAAGGCAAUAAAGAUGCACAACAUAUUACAAAUUCUGAUGAGAAAAAAAAUAAAAAUGAGAUGAUUAUUGUAGAAAAUAUUAAAAAAGUAAAAUGUAAUAUGAAUAAAAUAGAACAUAGACAGAAUGUAGAAAAGUUGGAUGCAAUUUCUUCAGUUUCUGACAAUGAACUUAAGACAAAUAAAAAUGAAAAUGUAAAAGAAAGUACAUCUAAAAAUGGAGCUAAUUUAAAGAGGACAAGACGAAAUAUUAGUACACAAGAAACAGAUAUAGCCCUAGAUGAAAGUAAUUCAAAAAAUAAACGAAAAAAAAGAAAUGUAAAUGAUAAAUUUUGUUGGCGAUGUCACAAAGAAUCUGUAGAAGCACAUUGUAGUGCUUGUCCUAGAUCAUGGCAUCGGAAAUGUAUAGGAAUGCAACAAUCAAUUAUUCAAAAUUGGAUAUGUGGAGAAUGUGCAGCUAUUUUGCAAGCAGAAAAUGCAGAAACACGUUCUACAGCUAUGGCACAGUUAUCUGUUGAUCAAUUAUGUUUGUUACUGAAACAUGUAGUUGAGAGAAUGAGAGAAUAUCCUGGUUCAGAACCAUUUUGGAAACCGGUAGAACUGUCUGAAGCUCCAAAUUACUUAGAUUAUGUAGUCAAACCAAUGGAUUUAAGUCUUUUAGAAUCAAAUGUUCAGUCUAAAUUAUAUGGUGGUGGUGUAUAUACUGAUACAUCUAAAUUAACGAAUGCUGCAAAACAGAUUAUUAAAUUAGCACGUCAAGAGGUAUCAGAAAUUGAAGCCUGUCCUGAUUGUUAUGCUCAUGGUAGAAAUUUACCAAGACCACAUCCAGCAUGGUUUAUUGAACCCUGUCGUCAUCCUCAUCCACUUGUAUGGGCAAAGUUAAAAGGUUUUCCAUUUUGGCCUGCUAAAGCUAUGCCUCGAAUUAAUUCUCAAGGUUUUAUCGAUGUGCGAUUUUUCGGUGAACACGAUCGAGCAUGGGUUUCUCCACGAGAUUUAUAUUUAUAUUCAGAAGAACCACCUGUUCCAUUACCAAGAAAGAGAAAAUUAGAUAUGGAAGAAUGUGUUAACGAAAUUACUCGUCACUGUCGAAAACUAGAGCUUGUAUUUGGUCAAUUUAAAUUUGCACCUCCAAGAGUGCAAUACAAUCCUCAUGACCCAAUGCAAAUAAAAUUAAUGUUACCCAAUUAUGAUCCUCUUCAUUCUAAUAAUUAUACAUCUUCACAAUCUUUGACUCCUAAAAAGACACCGUUUGUUAAAAAGCGGAUGCACGUUAAAACUAAUCUUCAAAUAGAUUCGGAAAAAGUAAACAGUUCCGAUAUUGGGAAUAAAAUGUCAAUUAAAUUUAAUUCAACUAACAAAGGAAACAAAAUUGAAAAUAAAUCGUCUAAAGUAGAACAAGAACCUGACCAGUUUCAUGAAACCGAAUCAGUUACAAUUACAAGCAACAGUUUAAGUAAAUUAAUAAAAAAAGUAGUUAAAGAAGAUAUACAACCAGAUAAAAAUUUAUCAGCAAAUUUGGAGCAGGAGAUAAAAGAAGAUAUAAGCAAGCCAAGUACAAGUAAAACUAAUACUAAUAUAAGUGAUGAAAACAGUAAAGCAAUGAAAUAUGACACAAAAGAAUCAAAUUUUGUAAUGCUGAAACAAGGUAAUAAUUUUGAAAAUGCAACGAACAAUAAUGCAAAAUCUUUGGAGAAUUCAUUCCAACAAGUAGCAUCUUCAAAAAAGUAUAUGGCAAAAGAUAUUCACAUAUCCAAACAAGAACUUCUCUUUAAAAUGAAUAUUAGUAAAGGAGGCGUCGGCCAAAAGAAUAAUUUUAAAAAUAAUGAAAAUAUAGAAAAAAUUUAUAAACCAAAGACUAGAAUAGUUGAUAAAAUGAAUGCUGAGAAAGCUUUAAAAUUUUCCACAACAGAACGAAAUCAGAAUAUGAUAUCGAUUAAACAGCAAAAUAAUUCGACUACAUUAAAAAAUGGUUCUAAAAAUGAUAAUAACAGUAAUUUAACAGCAUCAUCCAUUUCGGUAUUAACUAACAAAACAUCAGUUAAUGCUGAUAUUGGUGAUAUUGACACUCAUAGGAAAAAUGCUGCAGAUAAAUCUAUUGCAUUGCUUUUCGUAAAUGAUGAUAUGUCUAAUGCAAAAAAAAGUAUUGAGAAAACUAUUGAAGAGGAAAAAAAAAGUGAUACUUCAGUCCAAGUUCAACAAACUUCUAAAGACUCGUCAAGAACAAAGGAUCAAGAAAUAAAGGAAAGUAAAGCUAGAAAAUCAUUUCCUAAUAAGAUUCGUAAUUACCCACAACUCGUUCCUCGUUCAUCGACAAAUAUAUCUAGUCCCGUGGAAACUAUUGUUCAUACAUCUACUCAUCAGACUGAAAAUUGUAUUGAGUAUCAAAUGUUACCACCAGAAGCAGGCCCUAUUAGUGCUCGUUUAUAUCACGAUGCUCAAAAUUUAACUAGAAAAAUGGCUAAAUUAAUGGAAGAAGCAUAUAAGGAGGCAGUUCAAGAAAAUAGAAAUUGCGAGAGCCACACUGUGUCUGAAAAUCACCAAGCUACAGUACAUUUUUUAAAAUUACAAAUAGAACGGAUGAGAUGGCAACAUCAACAACAGUUAGCAGAAUUAAAACACAAUACUGAUAGGAUAUUACGAGAAAUGAAAGCAAGCUUAGAAGCUGAACGAUUACGUGCUGUUGAGGAAACUCGUAGAGAAGCUGAAAAAGAGAAGUUACGAUGUAUUGAAGAAAUCAAACGUAAACAAUGGUGUGCAAUGUGUGGUAGAGAAGCAUUAUUUUACUGUUGUUGGAACACUGCAUAUUGUGAUUAUCCUUGCCAACAAUCACAUUGGCCAAUGCAUAUGAGGACAUGCGCUCAAAAGCCUUCAUUCGCUACUAUUAUUACUAGUUCUUCAAAUUCAAAUCAACAGCAGAAUCAUAAUAUUAAAAUAAAUAGGCUUACUAAUAGGACAUAUGAAUUGCCUCAUAAUAAACUAAAUGAGAUUUCAGCAUCACUAACUUUGUGUUUUUCUGACACUGAAGGUGAUGGAAAUUCGUCAUAGUAUAUGUGUGUGUGUAUAUAUAUAUGUAUUUAUAUAAAAUAUAUGAAUAUACAUAUAGUAUAUAA